AAAACGUCUCCCGGCUGGACGCACCCCCUGCCGGCUGCUCACCACCGUGCCUCCUUCUAUAAUGAAAGAGGACAUUCCUCCUGCUGGGAAUGAUGGCGGCUCCAGAAAUGGAGGUGGAGGUGGAGGUGGAGCCAAGCCUCAGAGGCCCUGAGAUAGUCACCAUGGGGGAAAACGACCCACCGGCAACCGAGGCCCCCUUCUCCUUCCGGUCACUUUUUGGCCUUGAUGAUUUGAAAAUAAGUCCUGUUGUGCCAGAUGCAGACGCUGUGGCAGCCCAGAUCUUGUCUCUGGUGCCCUUGAAGUUCUUCCCGAUCAUCGUGGUGGGGAUCAUUGCGUUGAUCCUGGCGCUGGCCAUCGGUCUGGGCGUCCACUUCGACUGCUCUGGGAAGUACAGAUGUCGCUCGUCUUUUAAGUGCAUUGAACUGACAGCUCGAUGUGACGGCGUCUCCGACUGCAGAGACGCGGAGGAUGAGUUUCGGUGUGUCCGGGUGAGCGGGCAGCACGCGGUGCUGCAGGUGUUCGCAGCCGCCUCCUGGAGGACCGUGUGUGCUGACGACUGGAAAGGCCACUACGCGAGGGUCGCCUGUGCCCAGCUGGGGUUCCCCAGCUACGUGAGCUCAGGCAACCUCCGAGUGGACUCUCUAGAAGAGCAGUUCCGGGGGGACUUUGCAUCCAUCAAUCACCUCUUGCCAGACGACAAGGUGACUGCGCUACACCACUCGGUGUACGUGAGGGAGGGCUGUGCCUCUGGCCACGCGGUCACCGUGAAGUGCACAGUCUGUGGUCUGAGAACAGGCUACAGCCCACGCAUCGUGGGUGGAAACGUGUCCUCGCUCGCACAGUGGCCCUGGCAGGUCAGCCUUCAGUUCCAGGGCUACCACCUGUGCGGGGGCUCUGUCAUCACGCCCCUGUGGAUCGUCACUGCUGCACACUGCGUCUACGACCUGUACCGCCCCAAGUCAUGGACCAUCCAGGUGGGUCUGAUUUCUCUGCUGGACAGUCCAGAGCCCUCCCAUUUGGUGGAAAAAAUCAUCUACCACAGCAAGUACAAGCCAAAGAGGUUGGGCCAUGACAUCGCUUUGAUGAAGCUGGCUGGGCCACUCACCUUCAAUGAGAUGAUCCAACCAGUUUGUCUGCCUAACUCUGAGGAGAACUUUCCUGAUGGAAAAGUGUGCUGGACGUCCGGAUGGGGGGCCACAGAGGACGGAGCAGGAGAUGCAUCCCCCGUCCUGAACCAUGCGGCUGUCCCUUUGAUCUCCAACAAGAUCUGCAACCACAGGGAUGUCUACGGAGGCAUCAUCUCCCCGUCCAUGCUCUGCGCCGGCUACCUGAAGGGCGGUGUGGACAGUUGCCAGGGAGACAGCGGGGGGCCCCUGGUGUGUCAGGAGCGCAGGCUGUGGAAGCUGGUGGGUGCCACGAGCUUCGGCAUCGGCUGCGCUGAAGCGAACAAGCCUGGGGUCUACACCCGCAUCACCUCCUUCCUGGACUGGAUCCACGAGCAGAUGGAGAGGGACCUGAAGACUUGAAGAGGAGGGGACAAGCUGCCACCAGCCUGGGCGUGAUGGGCAGGAGCACAGGCCUCCAGAGUUCUGACCGAGGCCCGGACAGCAGAGCCAAAGGGAGGCGCACCCUCCUGGCCCUCUUCCAAUGCCUAGGCCCAGGGGCUUUGGGCUGAAGUGACCUUGAAGCUGCUUUCUGACUUCCACUUGGCACAAAAGCAGAAGCCCCCAGGCACAGCUGUCCCCACUUGCCCACUGCUUGUCUGUACAGGGGUCCUCAAAGUUGCUGACACAGCCGGCAAUCUUGCAAGCAAGAGCGCCCAUAGUCACUCAGUCAAGGCGUGGGGACCCAGGGACGCCGCCAGCCGUCCCUGUAGAUGCAGCUGUCUGCACAUGUCCCUCCAGACACCAGAACCAUGUCCUCGUAGCCCUGAUGCUUGGCCCCUUAUUGGCCCUUGCUUCCCAAAGAACAUUGGCAUUCCCGUUCUUUGCUGAGUGCUGACUGCUGGUGUCACUCCAAAUCCUAACUCUGGAGCCUCUUAUCUGAUCUCUUCCGUGUCUACUGUGGAGUUUGCGUUUUUCUGUUUCUCAGCAGGUUCUUAUUAAGUUGUGUUAUAUUACAAGACUCACAAGCCAAGUCAGAAGGGAUGCCAUCCUGGGUAGAAAAGAACCACCCAGGUCCACCCCCUACCCCAGCGGGCACUAACAAUAAGAAGAGCAAAGGUCCGCUCCAUGGAAUUUGUUAAUCUUCUGCCCACCUGCCCCUCCCAGCUGACCUCCCUGCCUCGAGUCCCAUGUCAAACAGUAACAGAGGAGGGUCACCUGGUAAGUUUCACUGGCUGCUGGUGCUUGUCUCAAAUUAAGUCAUCAGAAUCUGAACCAGUCGCUUUGCGAGUGGCAGUAAUGAGCAGGGAUGUGAUCGGGUGCCUGGGGAGGAGCGGCUCCGGGAAGAAGCAUGUGUGUGCGCACGCGCGUACCUGUGUGCAGGGGACAGAAGUACAAGAGCUAGGGCAAACUGGCUGGCGUGGCUGCACUUGGGUCUCCCCACCCACACCAGGGCUACGACACAGACUUCCACACAGUGCGGCCUGGUGAUGGCUGAGCUGGGCAGUGCUGAACUCUCUCCAUCAUGCUUUCCCUGUACAUUCAUGCCUACAGUUUAAUCUAUAAAAUGGGCACGGGAAAAGAUUAAAAGUAACAAC